AUGGGCCAACCUUACCAAGAUAACAACGGCACCACCCACGCUAGAAGUGGAAACCGCACACCUUUUGCGGAGUUCAACAUUUGGGCCGACCCGGAAUCUGCACGGUCAGUCUUUCAAAACCCCCUCUUGAAAGCAAAGACGACUCUUAUUCCCCUGGAUGUGACCCAUCAAGCCUACGCAACGCCUGAAGUACAGCAUAUACUGUUGAAUGGGAUAAAUGGCCCGACCAGGCUGAGGACAAUGUUUAACGAACUGCUCAUGUUCUUUGCACAUAAAUAUGCUGAGGUGUUUGGGCUCAACGAGGGACCCCCUCUACACGAUCCGCUCGCAGUGGCGGUGUUGUUGGGCAACUAUCCAGAUGCCGGAGUCAGAAUCAACUUUGAUGACAAUGGUGGCGAGAGAUGGGAUGUCGAUGUUGUCUUGGAAGGAGAGCAGAUUGGAAGGACAGUGAUAACAAAGGCAAUGAAUGGGCAAGGUGUGAAAAUUCCGAGGACACUAGAUAUAACCAAGUUUUGGCAGACGUUAGAGGAAUGUUUGGCUAGCGCCGACAAGGUCACAGGGUACAGGAAAUGA